AAUAGAUUGAGCUGUUAUUGACAUAUAAUAUAUAUAAAAUAUGGCAUCAUGAAUUCGGUAAACUUUAUGUUAAAAGAUAAAGGGAAGAUGGUCUGACCUUUUGCCUAUCGGACAGUUUAUACUUAAAUGAAGUUUGUAAUAGCGAAAAACGAUUUAUGUGUCCGAUAACAUCACUUUUUUAUCUAUCGAAAAGAUAUAAUAACAGCCGAUAUUAGAUAUUAGCCGAUAUUAGUUUUGCACUUAACUUGGGAGCAACUGUGUAUAGGACUGAUUUGGAGGUCCCUAGUCCACUGCAUAUCGUUCUUACUAAAAAAAUUUUGAAAAGAAUUAAAAAUGGUUUUUAUAAACUAAGCCAUAUGGCUAGUUAUUUGAUACAGCCGUUUCAGGACAUUUGGAGUCGAUAUAGCGAUGUCCGUCCGUCCGUCUAUCUGGCUGGCUGGUGCGCACGAUAGCUCUCGAAGGGAGUAUCCGAUUUGGUCAAAACUAUAAUAUUAUUGUCAAACUUAGAACGACUUUGGAGAUGGGUAAUAUCGGUCCACUCCUUCUCGUACCUCUCCCACGAAAUGUCAACGUUUCCAACUUUGCACAUGGUAGAGAUCGGAUCAUUUCUUCUGGUACCUCCCCCACAUAGGGUUCAGUAUGUUCAAAAACAAAACCUUAAAAGGAAAUAAGCAUCCAACUCUCUUCAAAUUUCACACAUAUAAACAUUUUGCUAACACAAGAUCUGUUGUGAAGAUGAUAUAUAUCUGCGAACCCCUUCUGGAAACUCACGCGAUUCUUUGCAACUUGCUAUGCCUUAAUAUUUCUCUCAACCAGAAAGCAGAUACGAAUAUGAAAUUUAUGGUAAUUUAUGAUUUCGCAUAAAUUUGGAUAUAAUUGUUCGAUUUUCUUGUAAUUUUGCCCAUAUCAAUUUUUUUUGUAUUAGAUGAAGUAAGAAUGGAGUACUUCGGAAGACUACAUCUACUAUCUCACGCACAUUUUCACCUUUUCUAAAAAUUAUCACAUAUCUCAUGUAAAGUGAAGGAAGAAGUUGAUAUAGUCCAUACCUGGCACGUCGCAAUAUUUAUACUAUAUUAAUCAUAACACAAGUCAAAAUAUAUUUAAAUAAUCGAGCAUAGGCUGUGGGUACGUAUCUGUCGGCAAUCCUGACUGAUACUUUUUAACUUGUUUUCAUACUAAUUGCAUUUAAGUUCUCAGUCCCUUAUAUGAAGAUAUCCCCUGAUUUAGCUUUUCAAUUUAUUUGGCCCUAAGGUGGUAGAAAACAUUUUCGCAGACAAUUUUCAAUGUGGGGCAAAGUUUCGGAGUAGCGCCCACACAAAAUAUACCUCAUGAUUUUACCUAUUUCGAGGAUAUUGACCAUAUUUUGCAACCGAUUUGGGUCAAAAUUUGUAUUUGGGCUACUUUGGGGGUAGCGAAACACCUUACACAAUAUAUCGAAAAUUUAAGCGAUUGGCAGACAAACAGGCUGACAUGGGUUAAUCGUCAUUGAGUUUUACUUUGAUCGAAAAUAUAUGUGUUAAAGCGUAAUUAACUCUGACUCUUCUGAAAUCAUUUUGCCCUACAGUUGAUAUUUACUUUUAAGGCAUAUGACAGAAAAAUAGAAUCAGUUCAUGUACGACACAUGUAUAUGAACAUGUAUUUUUUGCCAUAGGUUUUUUUUCUAUUUUGUCGAGUAUAAAUCUGACACGUUGUAAUAUUUAUAUCAGUUUUAGAUCAGAUACGAAUUGGUCAGCAUUGUCCAACUGUUUCGGAACCUCCCACAUAAAUGGGCCAACAAUUUGAAUAAUCAUAACUCAAGGCGGGGGUAUAAAACGGUCGGCAAAACCGACUGAUACUAUCUUAAUUGUUUUUUUUUUACCGGAAAUAUUUUGCCAUAACUUCGAUUUCAGACUAUAUACGUCAACAAAAUCAGCAUCAAAGUUAAGGUCAGAAGUGCCUCUUCCAUGUAUAUGUGAUUUCGCCGGGAAGUAACUUUCAGCAUUUACAAAUAUUCGCGGUUGAAUUUUUAAUUUUAUAUAUUAUCCGAUAACCAUCCAAAAUGCAGAUUACUCAUCCUGUCAAAAUCAGGAACAUUUUUCUGUUUUGGUCCAUUUUACACCCCAACGACCUUUUAAUUUCAAAUUAAAAUGUACAGACCAAAUACAUGGUGGGUUUUGGACAAACAAUUCUAGGUGUUACAAACUUUCUGGCACAAUCACACUUUUAAUAUUCCCCUCCCAACAUAGUGUCGUAUAGUCAACAAAUCGAUCCAUGUUUCCUUCUGUUUCGAUAUAGUCAAAUAAGUCAACUCAUGCCCAGAUCUUCCAACAAAAAGUAGCAGUGCAAUGAAGUAAAAAAAUAUAUUUGAUUUACAGACUCUCGAGAAUUUCAAUUAGCAUUUUUCAUGGACUAGAACACAGUGACAAAUGUGUCUGAAUUAAAUGCUAUGUAUUGUAUGCAGAGACAAGCAUGUAUGUAUGUAUAGCCUCCAACUCGCUAGUCAAUGUGAAGAAUAUGCAAAUAAAAUAACAGCUAUUAAUUAAUGUAUCGGACAAACAUUGGUUCCAGAGAUGUACCUAUACAUACAUUCACACAAAGGCAUUCCCUACAUCGCUGCAAGGAAGAAUGUUUCACAUCGUUAUGUGUUAGGUAUAAACAUAAAUAAUUACACACAAACACAAUUGGACACGGUGGCGGUCUUAGUGAGGCUACGGUUAGUGGCAAUUUAAUUCUCGGAUCUUAUGCGUGGAUGUGUGUUUGUGUGUGAACUGUGAACUGAAUAAAUAAAAGCAAAGUUCAAAAUCAACAGUUGUGGCUGGUGAACACGUCAGGACGUUAUUUAUUAUCUGCCUGCGUAGGAAUGGUGGAAUUCAAAUAUAGCAGCGUAAAGCACCAACCUGUUCUGCUCACUAGUAUUUUAUGCGUCUCGCUAAAUGUAUAUAAAGAGUUCUAUUAUAUAUAUGUGUGUGUAUAUAUUUCUGUCUAUUGGUAUCAGUAAGGCGCUCCGGACGCAUGUUUGCACAGGCAUAAUGAAUUAAGGAGGGUACAGAACAUUGGCAAAAUUACCGCAGCAUUAACUGUCAAAAUGACCAGCCCGAGACAUCCACCACAAAGCCCCCGAUUUAAUACAAAAUUUGAACAACAUCAUUAUAGCUGGGAUGAGACCGGAGCAGGAUUUACUUCAAAGACAGCAAUGGCCAAAGUUGCCACUCGGACGUCAUCAUCGCCCCUUCCGUUCAAAAAUCCAAAACAGUCGAGAAAUCUUCCAAUGCAGAUCGGUGGUGUUGCCUACGAUUCGGUUACAAAGCCAUCGACUCAUCCCACACAGAGGAGUCCUUCGAUACGUAGCAAUUACAGUUGCCACAGCAGCUGCUCGGAUGCUCCAACGACAUCAUCGGCUCCAAAUACUCGGUCAAGCAGUCGCGACAAUCCGCCCCGUAGUCCUAAAAUUACGACAACGUUUGCCAAUGAUAGUGCCGACGAUGCGCAAUCUUCGGCCUCCUAUUAUCACACACCAUCGUCGGGGUCAAGAAGUCCAAAGGGAAUGUAUUCAAAUGAUAACUCAAUGGACUCCCCGUCGUGCAACUUGUAUAGUGGCAGCCAGACACCGUUGUCUCCGAGACGAAGUCCACACACAACAUGCAAAUUCGUCUUUGAAGCCAUUAGUCCCGUCAUGGAUUCGCCGAGCCGAAAAUUUGAGUAUUACGAACCAGUGUCACCAGACGUCGAUGAGGACGAUGUAAGCGAAAAUCCUGUUCUUACUGGCAGAUAUUUCGAGAGUAAUCAUGCAGGUGCACCCAUUUCGCCCAAUUUGUACGAACCACAUAGAAAUAAUUCAAAAAAGUUACUGCGUUCAUCCCCUUUGGAACAUCUGCCACGAUUCAAUAGCAAAAAUUCCCCGGCUCGAAGUGAUGAAUGGGACAUGACUGAUUCAUCGAAUAUGGGCGGAUAUCAGGGAUUGGGACCGAAUAAUUAUUACCUUAAAAGGGAUUCGUGUGUUACGGACUGCACCCAACUCUCUGCGGAAUCUGAAACCAGUACUGUGGCCACAACAACUACGUCGUUUAGUUAUUCGGACACCUCAACACGGCAAACUACAACAUCUGACCAGACUCAGGACUUGAGCCCACUCGCGGAGCAGGCCUCAAUUAUGCGCAAACGAAGACAUGCAAUUAACAUUACGUCCAAUCCCGGUUACCAGGUUCUUCACAGCUCUCAUUCAACCCUGGACCGUACUUGUUCGGAUAGUGUGGUUUCAUUGCGACACAGAAAAUCUACCAGCGAUUUAACACAAGACGGUGACGGCGAAAGAGGCAAACAUAAAUUCGGUGGGGAAUCAUCCACACCUACAGCAGCCAAUUAUAAGCCACGCAGGCGAGGAAGCUCCAAAGGAGGCUUGGCUUAUCUAGCCAGCCGUCGCAGUUCUCGUGAAUCGAUGAAGAGUGCUUGUUCAAAUGCUUCCCUGGUAUCCAAUGACGAUAUAGGACCGUUAGCAUUUCAAGCGUCAAACAGGGGCCGUCAACGUAGAACUUCGAAUUUUCUUGAACUUCCAGUUCCAGAUCACUUCCGGCCAAGAGUAUGUUCAUUGCCGGACCGCCCAUACAAUCCAAGAGUUAGCGACGAUCUUUACCGCUUACGACACUUCUCCAUUAGUAAGGGCAAUGUAGUCAAUUGUGGAGACUCUAUUAUAUCUCGACGAUCUCGCAGUAACACAAGUGUCAACUCCACAAAUAGCAGAGCUAGCGAACGGUCUCCAUUCGAUGGUUCCUGUUGCGGGGGAGGUUAUGCCAACGUGGAUUCCGUUCCGGCUUCUCCAGACGAAGAUUCGGAAAACGUCGAACCUCCACCGCCACCACGUUAUCGAGUUGUAAUGCUGGGUGAUGCUGGGGUCGGCAAAACGGCUCUGGUCAAUCAAUUUAUGACAUCUGAGUACAUGCACACUUACGACGCAAGUCUAGAUGAUGAAUUCGGCGAAAAAACGGUUAGUGUUCUUUUGGACGAUGAGGAAUCCGAAUUGGUAUUUAUCGAUCACCCGAGCGUUGAGAUGAGUGUGGAAAACUCAUUGUCUACAUACGAACCCCAUGGCUGUGUAGUGGUCUUCUCCAUUGUGGAAAAAUCGUCCUUCCGCGUUGCAGAAGAAAUCAUCAAUUAUUUGUGGCAGGAGAACUACACCAAGGACAAAGCCGUUAUUCUUGUUGGCAAUAAAGCUGACUUGGCUAGGUCACGUGUAAUUUCUUCACAAGAUGGCAAGGCUCUUGCCGCUUCCCGAGACGCCAAAUUUAUUGAAACGUCCAGUGGCAUACAACAUAAUGUCGACGAACUUCUAGUUGGCGUUUUAAAACAGAUGCGCUUAAAAGAGUCCAGAGAGAAGAAGGCUAACUCAUCCAAAAUGAAAACAUCAAGGACCCACAUUUCGCUACAAAUGGCAAAGGAGAUACUUCACAAAAUUUGCCUUACGGAUAUCUCGAAAUCGAAAAGCUGUGAAAAUCUACACGUUUUGUAAAGCAUGACUCCAAUAUGGCAAAACUGGCUCUAGUAUUACGUGUGGGUAAUUGAAAGAUCUAGCACACAAAGCAAAUGCGAUUUUAAUAUAUCAAAAAGGAGAGAACAAACCAUAUGUGAUUUACAAACCAGCUUUAAAAAUGUCACAACAGAAUGAAAUGCCCGUAUCGGAUAUAUGCCGAGAACAUUACAGUUUACAUUCAACGUACUCGGUCGACACUUUUCACGACAAAAGUUAAACCCAUGUGUUUAUAUGAGUAUUACCAAAAUUUGGGCAAUACGGCAGUACAGAACAUUCUACUGCAAUGAGGAAGUUUAAGUUUUCACGUACAGUUUUUGGUAAAACUGUAGAAACUAAACUUUUUCAAACAAAAAUACAAAUCAUAUACCUAAAUUUAAAGAACUGUUAUUUCAAUGUCAAUUUAUAUACACUUUCCAUUCCAACAUACGUACUUACAUAUAAGACAUAUUUGAAAUAUGCCCCUAAAGACAACAAUUUAUGUAUUGACUUUUAAAGGAAUACUAUUUAUUCUGAACGACUAUCAUAAAUUUCUUCCAUAAUCAUAUCGGAAUGACUGUUUAAUGUUACUGUGUUAAAGAAAUAUUUGUAUUAUGUAUAUCAAAUCGAUGAAUUUAUCACAAAUAAUUUGAUUU